GUCGAUAUCUCCUGCGACGACGAAUCAAACAGACAAACCAUCUCCUGCUGCAACAAUCCACUUCUUACCCGAGAUGCGUCCCAAGGGUGGCAAGCCAACCAGCGAUGAGCUUCUCGCUCAAUUUGACAAUCUCGGGGUCGAGGACUCCGGCGCCGAGAAGCAACCGUCCCAGGCGGCUGCUGCAACUACCGCCGCGCAGUCCGAGCAGGACAUCCUUGCUGAGCUGGAUAAUUUAGCUUCGCAGCGUCCAAGCAGUAUUCCGGGAACCCCACGUGCCUCUACUAAUGAGCCUAGGCCCACCAUCAAGUCGCCCAAGCCAGCUGCGGCGGCGACCACUACCCCCUCCACCGGCCGAUCCAGUGAAGAGAAGCCCACUCCACGCAAGUCAGAGGAGAGCGCUCCCUCGGCCAGUGCGACAACCCAGUCCGAGAAUGUGCAAAAGUCGGAUGCUGAAAAGUCCGCCGCAGAGGAGGCUUCUGCCUCCGGUGGUGGAUGGUGGGGAGGCAUCUUCGCAACAGCCAGCGCGGCCAUGAAGCAAGCCGAAGCCGCCGUGAAAGAGAUACAACACAACGAAGAAGCUCAGAAGUGGGCUCAGCAGGUGAAAGGCAAUGUCGGUGCGCUGAAAGACUUUGGUGGUGAGCUCCGGAACAUGGCGAUCCCUACUUUUACCUCCCUCAUCCAUACUCUCGCACCCCCGAUCUCGUCCCACGAACGUCUUCAAAUCCAUGUGACCCACGACUUCUCCGGCUACCCCAGCCUAGACCCUCUCGUUUACGCUGUCUUCUCUCGCGUGAUGUCUCAAGUUGAGGGUGGUGACCUCCUAGUGAUCCAGCGAGGCCAGGAAUCGGCACCCAGACGCGGCAUUGAUAUCACCGGUGCUACAGCGGGCUGGCGCGAUGGUCCGUGGUGGCGCACGGUUACCCCGGGAAACCCUCGCAACCUCUCCGCUAUCCGUGGCUCCGUAGAGGCUACCAAGCUCGCGCGGGCAAGCGCCGAGUCUUACGCGGCCGAGUUCUUCUCGUCCAAGGGAGGCGUGGAGGAAGCCGCGAAGCAAGCCAGCCAGGUCUUGAGCGAGUCUAACCCGGUCCGGAACAGCGACAUCUUCAUGGCCAUUCAGGCUAUCAGCCAAACCUCGUCGACGGAACUGUUCCAGGCAGGCCCGACCACGGACAAGGCCACUCCCAGCGGCGUGGUUGACGUGCCCGAUGCGACUGAAGAGGAGAUUACUUUCGCCCUCUAUCUGCACGACCCCAUCCACGGCAUCGCCUUUCACACGGUGUCGCAGGCAGUUCCGCAGAAAUGGAUCGAGUGGCUGGACUCCUCCGCCCCGGCUGCCGGGGAGUACAACCCCGAAGAGGAGAUCCCGCGGGCCGUUGUCCCGGAAGAGAUUGCGGAGAUUGUCGAGAGUGGCGGCGUCGACCCUCGCGAAUGGGCCGCCGAAUGGAUCGAGGAAACCCUUUCUCUGGCCGCCGGAGUCGUCGCGCAGCGCUACGUUGCGCGCAGAAUGGGCGUUGGCGAGGCGGGAGUUGCCAAGGGCAAGAUGCGUGCCGAGCAGGCGUCGGCCGUGGAGAGCGGAGCGGGAGAGGUUGCGCGGGCGCUCUAGAAUCGCUUUGUCUAUCUGUUUUUCUCUAUUUCAUUCGUGUUGUUAUUCUUAUGGCUUGUUUUUCCUGCCGUGUCGAUAUGCCAUCUUCCAUGAUCAGAUGAUACUCCUGUUUUCCCUUCCCCGUCAUGUGCUCCGUUCUGUGUCAGUCUCUUUUAAUCGUUUCAAUCGUUUCUGUCCCUGCGAACGGGUAAUAGCGGUGUUAAUCUCCAAUAUGACCAUCAGACGAUAAUCAGCAAUAUAGCUUGUAUAGAAUGUAUAAGCCCAGGUGAGUAUGUCCCAUCCGGGCCAUGCCAUUAGAUCUUACAAUACUCCGUUCUUACCCAGUGAAAACUCCAGUCACAUAGCAAUAGAAAUAGGAACAAAAACAAGAACCUUU